UCCACGAUCUGCACGUUGGUGGUUUAGUCUCCCGUCCCCGUCAACGGCGUCCCCGCCCGUCCGAGCACCCUCGUCCCUCCUUAUAACCGCCUCUCGCUACUUCCGCUUUCUCUGAGGCCUGCUCGCCCGAUACCUCAUUUACCCCCACCGCUCUUUGCUCGUCUCUGCCGAUAUGAUGUUCGCCAAGACCGCCAUUGCCCUCGCUCUCGCUCUCUCCGCGUCCGCUCUCAGCGUCCCCCACGGCGCCCGCAGCGGCCACCACCGCGGCCUCGCUCAUCGUGCCCCCGCCGCCGUGACCGAGCCCGUCACCGUUCCGGAGGUUGCUGUCAAGGCGAGGCGCAAGCGCAGCCUCAACAAGCGUUGUGCUGCCAACAGCACUGUUUCGGCGGCAACCGCCGACCCUACUCCCUCCAGCGAUUCGUCGAGCUGGGUGGCUCCCUCUUCCAGCUCGGAGUGGGUCGCCCCCUCUUCCAGCUGGGUCGACUCCUCUUCCUGGGUCGACACGUCGUCUUGGGCCCUGCCCACUUCCAUCUGGACCCCGCCCACGUCGAGCUGGGUAGCCCCCACCACCUCCGACGAUCCCACCACCUGGUCGUCUUCUUCCGCACCUGCUCCCACGUCGUCCGCGUCCUCUGGCGGCGGACCGUCCUGGCUGUAUGGCAUUCAGAACGGCGAUGGUACCUUCUACGAGGCCGGUCUUGGCGCUUGCGGUAUCACGAACACGGAUUCCGACUACAUCGUUGCCGUCUCUGAGGAUCUGUUUGACGCAUAUCCCGGCUACAACGGUGCGGACCCUAACUCCAACCCCGUCUGCAACAAGCAGAUCGUUGCCACCUAUCAGGGCAAGUCUGUGACGCUCACGGUCACCGACCGGUGCACCGGCUGCAGCACGACGAGCAUCGACCUCACCCCGACUGCCUUCAGCCAGCUGGCAGACCAAUCUCUCGGUCGCAUCGAAUUGACCUGGGUGUGGGCUUAAGCGCACCGCGAGCCGAGGCUCGCGAUGCAGAUACCAUAUUUCUAUUCUAUCCAACGUUGCUGUCUCGUAUAUACUCGAAGAUCGUUACUGCGCUAUCCGUUAUUGCGCUUUUUUAUUGGCACCCAGUACGUCUCUCACACCCGGGUGUUCCUUUCGGUUCUCUCCGCGUGCGGAGAGGCGGAAGGCUAGGAGGGACGUGCGUGUUGCAUUACUACUUCGCAUCAAGCAUACCUGGUAUCAGUCGCUAGCUCUGGUUAUGUCUGCGCCUGUCGUAUUUACAUCCUGGUUCAGAUGUUGAUGAAUGGAAGUGAAUUGUGCAUGUA